AUGAGCACGGACGCCCAGCAGCUCCCAGUGGGGGCCCAGGUGGCUGGCGUGCCCCUCUGGACCGUAUCCAGCUGGGCUGUCUCUGAGGUGCCCCCCAACACCAGUGCAGCCACAGGGGAGGCUGGCUGGCAGCAGGGGCAGGCAGAGUGGGGUGGCAAGGCAGGCGAGAUUGCCAGCAUGGUGGUGAUCCAGUGCAUCUACGCCCUGGUGUGCCUGCUGGGUCUGCUGGGCAACUCCCUGGUGAUCUUCGUCAUUCUGCGCUAUGCCAAGAUGAAGACAGCCACCAACAUCUACCUGCUCAAUCUGGCCAUCGCUGAUGAACUCUUCAUGCUCAGCAUCCCCUUUGUGGCCACGUCGGCCGCCUUGCACCACUGGCCCUUUGGCCGGGCUCUGUGCCGCACCGUUCUGGGCGUCGAUGGGCUCAACAUGUUCACCAGUGUCUACUGCUUGACUGUCCUCAGCCUGGACCGCUACAUUGCAGUGGUGCAUCCGCUGCGGGCAGCCACCUACCGCCGUCCUCGAGUGGCCAAGAUGGUCAAUGGGGGUGUGUGGCUCCUCUCCUUGCUGGUGGCUUCACCCAUUCCCAUUUUCGCCGGUACAGCAACCACCCGUGAUGGCCAAGCUGUGGCCUGCAACCUCCUGUGGCCAAGCCCAGCCUGGUCAGCUGCUUUUGUGGUCUACACCACCUUGCUGGGCUUCCUGCUGCCAGUGUUGGCCAUGGGGCUGUGCUACCUGCUGAUCGUGGGCAAGAUGCGGGCAGUGGCGCAGCGGGUGGGCUGGCAGCAGCGACGGCGCUCCGAGGGCAAGCUGACGCGCCUGGUGCUGAUGGUGGUCGCCAUGUUUGUGGUCUGCUGGAUGCCCUUCUACGUGGUGCAGCUGGUGAACCUCCUACUGCCCGGCCGCCUGGAUGCCACCAUCAACAAUGCCUCCCUUAUCCUCAGCUACUCCAACAGUUGUGCCAACCCCAUUCUCUAUGGCUUCCUUUCUGAAAAUUUCCGGCACUCCUUCCAUGGCGUGCUGCGCCGCUGCCUCGAUGCCAGCCUCUGCUGCUGCCACACUGGGCCAAGGGCCAUGGAAGAGGAGGAGGAUGAAGAAGAGCCCCUCGACUACUGUGCCACUCCCCGGGGAGAUGACAAGGGCAAGGGCUGCAUGUGCCCACCCCUGCCCUGCCAGCAAGAGCCCAUGCACCCUGAGCCCUGCUGCAAGCCUGGACCCCUCAUCGCAAAGACCACCACUUUCUAGG